CAUCAAUCAGUCAGAAGAGUCAGUCAUACUAUACAAGGUGCUCACAUAUCAAUACUACUUCGCCACUUUUUCUAACAUGUUUCCCGUUACCACCACCAAAAAGAACAUACCAACAACCCCACAACCCCCCACGAACAAAACAAUGCGCGCCGUGAUCUGGGAAGGAAACCCCUUCCAGGUAAGUGUCCAAUCGGUCCCCAAACCCACUGUACAAGCCCCCGACGAUGCCAUCAUCCGCGUCACGACCGCUGCAAUCUGCGGCUCUGAUCUCCACACCUAUCGCGGUAUCUUGGGAAGCACGAAUCCCCCCUGGCCGCUCGGCCAUGAAGCCAUCGGAUUUGUGACCGAAAUUGGAUCUGCGGUGCAGUUUGUGAAGGUUGGAGACCGCGUGAUCGUACCGGAUUCCCCUGACGAUGGACAUUUGAAUGUCGAUCCUUCCAUAGCGUCAGUGAUUUCGUUUGGGUUCGGAUCAGAGUUUGGGAAUUUGGGCGGCUGUCAGGCUGAAUACGUUCGUGUCCCCUUCGCGGACCAGACACUCAUCCCCAUUCCCCACUCUCCUGCCCGAGAACUUGACUACCUCCUCAUAUCAGACAUUUGGGCAACAGCGUGGGGCUGCCUCGACUUUGCCAACAUGCAACCAGGCGACACGGUUGCUGUUUUUGGCGCAGGACCCGUCGGUCUCCUAUGCGCCUAUUCUGCACUUCUGCGAGGCGCGACGAAAGUCUACUCGAUCGACUACGUCCAAAGUCGUCUCGACAAAGCAGCCUCGAUUGGUGCCAUUCCAAUCAACUUCACGCACUCCAAUGCCGCCCAGCAAAUCCUAGAGCUCGAGCCCAAUGGGGUGGAUAAGAGCUGCGACUGCUGUGGCUACGAAUGCGUCAACGAGAAUCUCGAACCCCAGGAAAAUGCUAUCCUCCGAGAUGCUAUUUCCGUGACAGCUGUUGGAGGUCGUAUUGGGAUUGUUGGUCUCUAUACGGCUCAGACUAAGGCUCCUGGGCGCCCGAAUGCAGGCCGUAUUGCUCCGACCAUCGAUUUUCCUGCCACGGAAUUUUUCUUCAAGGGUUUGACGAUGCAAGCUGGGGUUGUGGAUCCGAAACCUAUUGCACCAAAACUCGUUGAGUUGAUCAAGAGCGGAAGGGGAAGGCCGGGGUUUGUGGUUAGUAAGGAUAUCGGGAUUGAGGCGGCGCCGGAGUGGUAUAGAAAGUUUGAGCAAAAGUUGGAGACGAAAGUUGUUAUUCGGUUUCCGAAGACUAGAGACGAGAAGCUGUGAGCGUAGGUUAGUACCGUUGUGGAACGAAGUUAAGAAGCAAUAAUGGCUGUGGGAGUAGGCGCUCCAUUUUAGACCGAAAGUGAAUUCCAGACGAUGAUACUACAAACAUUCUAGCGUGCUUGUGUGAGGAUACUGGGUUGAAGACGUUUCUGCGAGUAACGCUGGCUAUGGACGUGUUCAGAACCCUAUUUGGAUAACCGCGUUAUCAUAUUGCUUCUGGAUGGUUGGUUCCGCGUCUGGCGAUGUUUUGAAGCGUAAAGGUUCUUUUG